AGACACAGUUUAGCUCUUCCGCAGGAUAGACAAUAGUACACAAUGGUCUACAAAUUCUCCAAUAUGAAGUAUGUGCCGUUAUUAGUAUUUCAACUGAUUCUCAUGAUAUUAUACUUCAUAUUUGUAAGAUAUGGAGGAGAUAAACACCAUGAUAUUAGAGGAUUUGAAGACACACACGUCAUGAUAUUUAUUGGUUUUGGCUUUUUAAUGACGUUUUUGAAAAAAUAUUGCUACAGCGCCCUAGGAUUUAAUUGGUUUCUUGCUGCUUUAGUGGUGCAAUGGGCACUGCUUUGCCAGUCGUUUUACCAUAUGGAAGACAACAUUAUAUAUAUUACAAAGAAGAGUUUACUUGAAGCUGAUAUUAUGUCGGCAACUGUACUAAUAACAUUCGGAGCACUUCUAGGAGUUGCCAGUGGGACCCAACUGUUGUUUAUAGCUAUUAUUGAAACUGCGAUUGCCUGUCUGAACAUGUGGCUCGUAUCGAAUGUGUUUAAAGCUGCUGACGUUGGUGGUUCAAUAGCCAUACAUACGUUUGGCGCUUACUUCGGACUUGGUGUAAGCUGGGCACUAAGACCGAGGAAAGCAACUCCUACAGAUUCAACUCCAUCUGUAGAUCUUAACGGCCCCAGCUAUACAUCUGAUGUAACGGCAAUGAUAGGGUCAAUAUUCCUGUGGAUUUACUGGCCAUCAUUCAAUUCCGGCUUAACGAAUUCGAAUGCCGAAUAUCAAAGGGCAAUUAUAAACACGUAUUUAUCAUUGGCUGCAGCGACCGUUACAACGUUUGUUUUGUCAUCUUCCGUUAGCAAGCACGCUGGGAAACUGGAUAUGGUGCAUAUCCAAAACUCCACCCUGGCUGGUGGUGUAGCUGUGGGAUCUGUAUGUAAUAUGCAUAUAAGUGCUGGCGGUGCUAUUGCCAUUGGUAUUGGUGCUGGAAUUCUAAGCGUACUAGGCUAUACGUUUUUGACGCCGAAACUAACAAAUUUUGGCAUCAUAGAUACGUGUGGUGUAAACAAUCUUCACGGUAUGCCAGGGAUACUUUCAGGACUUCUCUCUAUUUUGUUUGCUGCUCUAGCUACAAGUCAUGGAUAUGGAAAGGAGUUGGAAGGGAUAUUUGAAGAAAUGAAACAGGACGGUACCGGCAGAUCAUCUGGAAAUCAAGCCCUCUAUCAGUUACUGGCAUUAGCUGUCACUUUGGGGAUUUCUAUUGUUGGUGGUAUUAUUACUGGUGCACUUGCUAAAAUGCCAGUAUUUGUUCCACUUAAGGACACUGAAAAAUACGACGAUGAAGUAAACUGGGAAUUACCCUAAGCGGGUUGACCUUAAAAUAAGACAAAUGUGUGGAUUCAACAAUGCUUGUAACUAUUGUAUUAUUUACGCAUAUUUUUAAUUUUUAAUUGAAAAGUAUUAUUCAUACAUAUAUUACGUAUAUUAUUUAAUAAUUUAUGUAUAAUAUUUUCAAUAAAAUACUCAUUUUUU